CAGCGGUCACCUGCACAACCCCAGAGAUCCUGAAUGGAAGGAACUUGGAUGGACGUGGCUCUGUGUAUAGACCUGGAGACAGAGUGAGGCUUGAAUGUAAUGACAUCUUUACACUGAAUGGCAGUCAGGAGAUCCGGUGCAUGGAGAAUGGCACCUGGCAUCCCCCCAUCCCUUACUGCAGUCUUGAUCAGCCCAACGACUCGCUUCCCCCAAUGAAGUUCAUAUUGAAACAUCAGUGUCCGUCUCCUCCAACAAUCACCAACGGGAAGCACAGUGGCCAGGACCUUGAAGUGUUCACCCCUGGGGUAUCUGUAAAUUACAGCUGUGAGCCUGGCUUCUCUCUUGCUGGAGAGACUUCUGUUCGCUGCACAGCAUCCGGAACCUGGAACCAACCUUUCCCUUCCUGCAAAGGUUGUGCCGCACCUCCAGCCAUUGCCAAUGGGAACCGCAGUAUCCAGGACUUGAAAGAAUUUGCUUACGGUUCCUCCGUGACUCAUAGUUGUGACACAGGAUACUUGCUCAUUGGAGAAGCAACAUCUCAGUGCACAUCUUCCGGGACUUGGGUCCCCCCUCUCCCAUACUGCAAAGAGAUCAGAUGUGUAGUCCCAGAUGUACCAGGUAUUGGGAAGGCAAUGAUGGGAAUGACAUAUCCUAUAGGGACUAACCUUACUAUGCAAUGUGAUGAUGGUUACAUGUUGGAGGGCAGCAGUUUAAUUCAGUGCCAAGAUGACUUGUCCUGGGAUCCUCCUAUGCCAGUCUGCAAAUCAGGCUCCUAUAGUGCAAUCUCAGCUGUCACAGGCGUCUCGGGAGCAAUGCUGCUGGUUCUACUGGUUAUGGGCAUUGUUUGGAGAGUUGCUUCUAAGAAAAAAGCAGGGUACUAUCAUACCUAUGAAAACUAUGACUACCCAAUCCCCAUGACUGACAUAACUGAUCAGAAGUCUUCAUUUGCACCUUAGCAGAUCAUCUUGCUUUUGCAGAACAGAAAGCAAAUGCUGGUGAUUUUGCUGCCUCAAAUUGGAAUCAAAAGAACAGCUCCUAAGCUUCCUCCUGAAGCAGUUUCACAGUCAACCUGGCAAGACUUCUUGAGAGCCUGGGAGGUGAAAGGAGCCUUUCCUGUGGAAGUGACUUGUUGCUGCCUUACCCCCAGGCACGCUGACCCCUGUGCCUCAGUCUCUUCAGCUUUACUCGCUUUUCUGACACAGGGUACUACAAUAUGGCCCUUCACUGAGCUACAACCAUUUCUUUUACAUCAAUUUCAAGGGUUUUUAAGACCUUUUAAAAUUAUUUUACAAUGCAAAAUGAAUGCCCGCAGAUGCUGCCUUUCUCACGUGGGAGCUUGCUGCAUUUCUGUGCAUAGAGGUUUACAACCUAAACUCGAAUAUGAAUUGCAGUUAAAAGACCAUACACGUCAAGAACUAGGUGCUGCCAUGUAACUAGAACAAAUGGUCUGAUCUUGCAAUACUGGAUAACAUCCGCCUAUAUUAUAUGCUCGCUGAAAGCAUUUUUGAAGGCUGCACCUAGAAACUGUUGCAGCUUGUUUUGCUCUUCCUUGAGAGAUUAUGAUCAAACACAUUUUCCUUGAGCUAAUGCUGUGGGCUCUCCUUGGAAAAUGUUUUUGAGAUCUACUGAUGAAAGUGCUUCUCCAGAAGAAAACAGUCUUUACUUUAGAUGAUUACUUUCUAAAUAGUGUAAAUUAAGUGAUGCUGUUCUGGAAUAACUGACAACUCUGCUUCCAGAGUACUUGAUCUGAAAUAAAGACUUGUAUCC